AUGGCGUCUAGUUGGAGGAGUGCGCUGCAUGCGCUGCGUGCGGUGCGGCCGCAGGCGCGCCCGUACUCGUCCUCGCCGCGCGCUUUUGCGCCGGUGCGGGUAGGCUCUGCGGCGCCGGUGGCGGUCGGCGUCGCCGCGCCGCCGCCGGCCGCGACGCCGGCCGGCCCCUUCCGCCGCGAGCGCCGCGCAGCGCAAAAGCGCCAGCGCAAGAUGGCCAAGAAGCGCAAGGAGAGCGAGUCAAUUGCUGUGCGCCUCGGUGUCACCGAAAAGAAGGUCGCGCCGCUCGUGCGGACAGACCACCAGUUCAAGACCUUUAAGCCGAUUACCCCGUCGAUCCGCUGGGUCCGGCACCCGCUCCAGGGCGAUCUGCACCGCGGCCGCCCGGUGCGUGAGCUGACGCAGGCCAAGCGCAGCACGGGCGGCCGCAACCACCAUGGCCACAUCACGGUGCGUGGCCGCGGCGGUGGCCACCGUCGCCGCCUGCGUCUCGUCGACUUUUACCGCUGGGAGUCGGGCGAGCAAAAGGUCGUGCGCCUCGAGUACGACCCCAACCGCAGCGCGCACCUCGCGCUGAUCGAGCAUACCGAGUCUGGGCGCCAGAGCUACAUCCUCGCGCCGGACGAGCUGUCGGUGGGCGACACGGUGCAGAGCUACCGCACGAUGCAGGCCGGCGGCCCCUCGUCCAGCUCGAGCCUGGACCUGGGUAUUUUUCGUACGCACGCGAUCCGCCCCGGAAACGUGCUGCCGCUGCGUCUGAUUCCCAUCGGCACGACGAUCCACGCCAUCUCGCUGCUGCCCCUCGGCCCCGCCAAGAUGGUGCGCGCGGCCGGCACGCACGGCCAGCUCGUCGCCUUUUCGUCGUACCGCAAAAAGGCGGACGAUGCGCUGGUCGAGGACGUGUCGCCGAACGCCAUCGGCACGCACGCGCAGGUGCGCCUGUCGAGCGGCGAGGUACGCCUCGUGCCGGUCGACUGCUGUGCGACGAUCGGGGUGGUGGGCAACAAGGACCACCAGCACCGCCGCCUCGGCAAGGCUGGCCGCUCGCGCUGGCUCGGCCGCCGCCCCAAGGUGCGCGGUACGGCGAUGAACGCGGUCGACCACCCCCACGGUGGUGGCCGCGGCAAGUCCAAGUCGAACAAGGUCCCCCGCUCGAUCUACGGCUACCCCAAGAAGUUCCAGCGCACGCGCAAGCCCGGCACGCGCGGCGGCAACCGCAUGGUGCUCCGCGAGCGCCCGCGCCGCAACGGCAAGCGUGCUGGCAAGGCCUAA